CCCAAGUGCAUUGCCCUUAAUUUUAUCAGUGCUUACUGGACGCAAGGAUGGAGCCACCUGCGAAAAGGUCGCGGAAGCUUUUCGAUGAUGACAGCUCCAGCGAUUCUGGAGACGAGUCCGGCGGAGUCCCAGUCAACAAUGCAGACACCUUCAAAGUGAAUGAAGAGUAUGCCCGUCGGUUUGAAUACAACAAGAAGAGAGAGGAAGUACAAAAAUUGGAAUCAAAAUUAGGCAAAGGCUCUGCCUUUGGGAAACGUGGCGACGAUGAGUCUGGCGAUUCGGACGACUCGACUUCUGAAGAAGAGGACGAUGACGGAGAAUUGGCUACCGAAGCGCUUGAUGCGGAAAUUAUGGCGACCAUCAAGGCGAUCAGAUCGAAGGAUCCGCGUCUGUAUGACAAGGAAGUAAAUUUCUACAGCCAGGUCGAUGAAAACGGCCAGCCAACGACCUCUGAAAAGAAGCAGAAACCAAUGACCCUCAAAGAUUACCAUCGAGAGAACCUAUUAAGCGGUGCCAACUUGGCGGAGGAUGAUACUUCCGAAGCUCCAAAGACAUAUGCGCAGGAACAAGAGGACUUGAAGAAUGCCAUCGUCAAGGAAAUGCAUGCGGCUGCCGACCAGGGAGAUUCAUCAGCUGACAAGGAGAGUGACGGCGAUGAAGAAUUUCUCGUUGCCAAAUCAGCCCCCGAGACUCUACCGGCCUCUAAAAAAGACGUCAAGCUGGACAUUGAGAACGCAGACAAGGAUCCAGAAACUUUCCUUUCCAACUUUCUGUCAUCGCGAGCAUGGAUACCUGCUGGCAAGGCAGAUUUCCAACCUCUCGAGUCUGAUGAUGAAGAUGAUGAUCGGCGGGCAGAGGUAUUCGAAGAAGCAUACAACUUCCGCUUUGAAGAUCCUAGCAAGAUGAACGCAGCGUUGAUUACACAUGCUCGUGAUGCCACAAAUCAACAAUCAGUCCGCAGAGAUGAGAAGAGCAGUAGGAAGAAGCAAAGAGAGGCGGAGCGAUUGAAGAAGGAAGAGGAAAAGAAGCAGCGUGAAACGGAAAAGAACCGACUACGGAAACUAAAGAUGGAAGAGCUUCAAGAGAAGGUCAACCAGAUCAAGGAAGUCGCUGGCUUUCAUGCAUCUAAAUUUACUGACGAAGAAUGGGCCAAGUUCUUGGAUGAUUCCUGGGAUGACAAAAAUUGGGAAAAGGAGAUGCAGAAGCGUUUUGGUGAAGAAUAUUAUGCCGGGGAGGGUGAGGGCAAAAGACACCCAAAGAAGCCCACAUGGGAUGAUGAUAUCGAUAUCAAGGAUCUAGUACCCGACUUUGACGAGGAAGAGAACCUCGACGUCCAGCAGUCCGAUGUUGAGAUGGAUGAUGUGGACGACGUCGAGGGCGAUGAGAACGCAUCCAAGAACAAGAAGAGCAAAGCACAGGAGAGGCGGGAUCAGAAGCGUGAAGCUCGCAAGGAUCGAAUGCGUAUUGAAGAGGCACUGGAUCGCAACCUGGACCUGGAAAUUGACCUCCUCCCUGGUGCAUCUAAGAAGCAUAAGGGAGAGUUCCGUUACCGUGAAACAUCUCCCAAUAGCUUUGGCCUGACCGCACGAGACAUCUUGAUGGCCGAUGAUUCGCAGCUCAAUGAGUAUGCUGGAUUGAAGAAACUUGCUUCAUUCCGUGACCCUGAAAAGAAGCGCCGUGAUCAGAAGAAAUUAGGCAAGAAAGCUCGGUUGAGGCAGUGGCGUAAGGAUACAUUUGGCAACGAAGAAGGCCCAGAGUUUGUCUUUGGUGGUGAAAGAACGGCUCGUGGGAAAGAAGAUGGCACUGAUGCCGGGGAGGUCGAUAUCCGGGAAGGAGAACCGAAAAGGAAGAAGAGAAAGAGGUCGAAGAAGCACUAAAAGUGCCUGAGAGCAAGCUUUGCUUAUAUUUACUACUGGCAUUGGAGUUCCAUCUGCAUCCGGAACCGUUAAACCCUUUCAUUAUUUGGAGUUACUUUUCUGUACCUGUGGGCUUUAUCAAAA